UUUUUUUCUCUCUCUCUCUCUCUCAUUUACAAUAUCAUUUUAUUAUAUCACAUAUGAAUGCAUGCAACUGCGUUGUGGUUGCUUAAAAAAAGAUUCUUCCUUUUUUUUUAUUAUGUACAUGUAUGUACUUUUGUUUUGCUUGAGCAUGUUUCCUGGUGUCAAUAUGCUUAUAUGCGUCUGUAUAUCUAUUAAAUGUAGACUGACUAUUGCAUACAUUAUGUUAUUCCAACGAUAGACACGCAAUGAGCUCAGUUUAUAUAAAUACGACUUUUAAAUAAGUCAUCUAUAAAAAAAAAGGAUUUGCAUAUUGUUAUUAUCAACCUCUUUCUCUUGUCAUGAUAUAUCCCUCUUCCCCUCAUAAACAUAAUCCUAAUUACCGAGAAAAAACACAAGAUGACAUAUCAGCAGAAGAAUCAGGGAUUUCUUCUCCCCCUCUUCCUAUCAUUCCUAAUACAGAUAAAUCACUUACAACAUAUGAUUGCAUAAAAAAAAGGCUAAUUAUCAAACAAAAAGUGAUAAGCGAUCCAAGAAAACUUUCACCUCCGAAAAAAAGAGUGAUACUGACAUGUUUAGCAUUUGGUGCUUCACUCAAUGGGUUUUGCUCUACUGUUUAUUACCCGGGUAUUCCAGAUAUCAAAACUGAAUUGAAUGCGCCUGAGAUUGGUAUUACACUAGUGUCAUCGCUCUUUAUCUUAUUUGGUGGUAUUGGGCCUAUAUUUUGGGCCUCUAUUUCAGAUUAUUAUCACAUUCGAAGAUCUCUUUACUUGAUUGGUUUGCUUGUAUUUAUUGGUGCGUCUAUUGGGUGUGCACUGAUUCAAAAUAUUUGGCUGUUGGUUGCAUUUCGAUGUUUUCAGUCAAUUGGUACUUCAGUGACCAUGUCUGUGGGUGCAGGUACCGUUGCUGAUUGUUGGGAGAUAAAAGAACGAGGUUCAGCCUUUAGUUUCCUGUUUGUGGGACAGUUCUUGGGUCCAUUGAUUGGCCCUAUUGUCGGUGGUGGUAUUACCUCAGGCACAGGUUGGCGAAGUGUAUUCUGGCUCUGUACAGGUUAUGGUAUAUUUUUGUUUUUAUUCUUCUUUCUGUUUUUUCCAGAGACCUAUCGUCUAGACCAUAAAUGGGAUCAAGGCUCAAUUUCUGUUCGAUCUUCAAUCACCUUGGUUGAACAAGUCAAGAGCCAAUCGGGCAAUAAGCAACCACCACCGACUAGGUUUAAUCCAUUCAAAAGCUUUGUCUUGAUAAAGUAUGUCUUUGUUGCUUUUGUUGCUAUUGAAAUUGGGUUUUGCUUUGGAAGCAUGUUCACACUCGAGACUUUGAUACCUGAUAUUUAUUAUAACCAAUACGGGUUUGAUUCUUGGCAAACAGGUUUAAGUUUCCUUGGUGCUGGUAUCGGAAAUGUGUUGGGGUCCAUUGUUUCUGGUCGAUUGUCUGAUUAUUUGUUGGCAAGAACCAGUCGAAAAAGAGGCGGCGUAUCUAAAGCAGAAGAUAGAUUUACAUUGAAUACAUGGCCGGGCGGUUUUAUUUUCAUUCCAUUAGGGAUACUGCUUUUUGGAUGGAGUAUUAUAGCUAAUUUUACAGUGUGGCCUGCUAUUAUAGGCUUCAGCAUUUUAUGCUUUGGCAUGAGUCAAGGUAGAUGUAAAUGCAUAUGAGUUUGAUUACAUAUUUACAUAUCUCAGUAUAUACGACAGGUUCUGCCUAUCUAGUAGAUGCAGUGCCUGGAAAAGGAGCAUCUGUAACAGGCUGCUGCAACUUUUUUCGAUUAACUAUGUCUGCUAUUCUUAGUUUUGUAUCGCCUAUUAUGGGGGCCAAGCUAUCGAUUGGCUAUGUAUGUGUACU